AGCUGUCGCUGAGUUUGUCUCUGCAAUUUGUCUGAUUUCCUUCUGCAGUGUUCUCAAACAGUGUAAAGAUGUGGAGCUCUCCUUCAGUGACGUGACGGGUAAGCCUGAAGCCUUCAAAGGCACCAAGAAAGGGAUGCUAUACCUCACUCCUUAUAGGAUGAUUUUUGUGUCGAAGGGCAAGGAUCCUAUGCUGUCUUUCAUGAUGCCGUUUUAUUUGGUGAAAGGAUGCUCAAUUGAGCAGCCUGUUUUCUCUGCCAAUUACAUCAAAGGACAGAUUCAGGCCGAGGCAGGAGGUGGCUGGGAAGGGCAGGGGACAUUCAAACUGACUUUCAACAGUGGAGGAGCCAUUGAGUUUGGACAGUUGAUGUUCAAAGUUGCCUCUAAUGCUUCCAGUGGUGUUCCUCUCCAGAACCCGGGCUAUGGCUAUACACCUGUGCCCGGAGGGUAUGCACCCGCCCCGCCUGCUCCAGGGGGAUAUUCACCUGCGCCGGGGGGCUACGCUCCUCCUCCACCACCAAACGGACCAUAUCCUUAUGCGCCACCUCCGAUGAAUGCCUAUGGACCUGCUCCGCAGCCCAUGGGAUAUCCAUAUGCCCAGACUCCAGGUAUUUACCCACCACUUCCAAACAUGAACCCCGUGUAUGUGCCACCUCCUCCCCCCUACUCUGGGCCGUCUCCUGCAGGACCCUCAGCUCCCUCAGCUCCCCCAGCUUGGAUGGGCCCGCAGAUGCCAGGGGGCAGUAAGGCCAUGGAAGCCGCUUCCAGUGCAUAUUACAACCCUGCCAACCCACACAAUGUGUACAUGCCCAUGGAUCAGCCACCUCCUUAUGCACCUCCUGAGGAUAAGAAGAACAACUAACAAAAGGAAAUUGCAACCAGCCUCCCACACUCUCUCUCCCUGAAGACAACUUGGCUGUUACUACCCCUCGGGUUAGCGUAUCUCUAGGUCUCUUUGUAUAUAUACAGUAUAUGUAGUGCUGGGCAGCUGAGCACCUGCCCUCCUUAAACAUUAAGUCAGUGGCAAUACAAGGCGGAACAACAGCACUUUCCUGCUUAUUUGCUUUAUCUCAUGGGGUCGAAGCACUAACCUUUUGCUCUGCCAUUGGC